GAGCUUAAUUUCCUCCUCAACUCACCAUUUGAGCUUUUGUUUCUGUCUCUCACCACAUUCAGUGUGGCCCUGCGUGCAUCAUUGGUGAACUGACUGUUCGUGAAGUAAUUGGAUCACUGGUGCACCUUCUGCCUCGUCUUAUUGAGCAGAUUACCUUCUGUGAUUUUGCUCUGUAAGGCCAGACAGAACUGUCACUUUGAGAAAUGUAUUGUGCAGUGCUCUGACAGGGCUGGUGAAUUUCCCCUCUUCUCUCUCGCACACGAACCCGAUGCAGAUCACUUUUUGGAUGCUUGAAAUGCAUCUACAGUGACAUUUGGAUUUACUUGCUGAAGAAAUUUGAUCCCCCUGGAAUUAUAGCUGUGUACGGUUUGGUGAAUUUGCUUUGCAGUGUGGUCACGGCUUUUUCUGGAGGUCACGGAAGACUGGAUGUUUUUUGAAACCUCUUUUGUCGGUGGAGUAGAGAUUACAUUGCAGCGAACGUUUUAAAGGGCAAAACGAUACUAAAGGUGCCCGACCGUGACUCGCGGCCAUGGAGAUGGGUAUGCGUGUUGUGCGUGGCGUGGACUGGAAGUGGAACAACCAGGACGAUGGAGAAGGGCAUGUCGGUACAGUGGUGGAGAUUGGCCGUCAAGGGAGCCUCACGACGCCAGAUAAAACUGUGGUGGUGCAGUGGGACGGUGGCACCAGAACAAAUUACCGGACCGGCUACCAAGGAGCUCAUGACCUUCUUCUGUACGACAAUGCACAGAUUGGUGUGCGCCACCCCAACAUAAUCUGCGAUUGUUGCAAGAAACACGGCAUCAUGGGGAUGCGAUGGAAAUGCAAAGUUUGCUUUGACUACGAUCUGUGCACACAGUGCUACAUGAACAACAAGCACGAUCUCGCCCAUUCGUUCGAACGCUACGAGACUGCACAUUCACAGGCUGUUACUGUUGGCCCUCGGCAGAACCUGCCCAGAAUUGUACUAAAGGGGAUUUUCCAGAGCGCUAAAGUUGUUCGUGGGCCGGAUUGGGACUGGGGAAAUCAAGAUGGUGGCGAAGGAAAAACAGGGAAAGUAGUUGACAUUCGAGGCUGGGACACGGAAUCCGGUCGCAGUGUUUCAAGCGUCGCGUGGUCUAACGGAACUACUAACGUGUACCGAAUGGGUCACAAGGGCAAGGUCGACUUGAAAUAUGUGACAGACGCUACAGGGGGCUACUAUUACAAAGACCAUUUGCCAAAGUUAGGUGACCAUGCUGAGAUCCAGAGGCAGGAGAGUGCUGAUGGGCACUCGUUCCAGAACGGUGACAAGGUGAAAUGCCUCCUGGAGGUGGAUAUUCUGCGGCAGAUGCAGGAAGGACACGGAGGGUGGAAUCCUAAAAUGGCUGAGUAUGUGGGUCGGAUCGGGACUGUGCACAGAAUAACCGAUCGAGGAGAUGUGAGAGUGCAGUACAGCAACAACAUUCGAUGGACUUUCCAUCCUGGGGCUCUUACAAAGGUCGACACGUGCACAGUGGGAGACAUUGUGCGUGUGAUGGAUGACCUGGAAACAGUAAAAAGACUCCAAGCGGGCCACGGGGAAUGGACGGACAGCAUGGCUCCUGCACUGGGACAGGUGGGGAAGGUAUUGAAAGUGUACGGUGACGGAGAUUUGCGUGUGGGGGUUGGCGGUCAAACCUGGACCUUUAACCCCGCCUGUGUGACCACUGCACAGCCAGGAGAGGUGGACGCCAACCUCAUGACCACCGACAGCACAAAUGAUUCAGCAAGCACAGUGAUCUCCGUGCUAGAAAAGUUGCUGUCACAGUCAACCGACCCGGAUAAUCCUGGGCGGGUAGUGAUCGAGGCUGCUCAUGGGAAUGCCACCAAAGUGCGAGAUUUGGUUCAGAAAUAUCCAGAAAAGGUGGACAUUAAGAAUCAGGGGAAGACGGCACUGCAAGUGGCUGCUCAUCAGGGACACAUCGAGGUGGUGAAGGCCCUCCUGCAGGCAAAUGCAAAGCUCGAAGUUCAUGAUGAGGAUGGAGACACAGCACUGCACUAUGCAUCCUUUGGAAACCAGCCUGAAGUGGCCCGGCUGCUUCUCUCCAAAGGUGCCAACGUCAACCUCCUGAACAGUUCUACCUGCACAGCCCUGCACAUCGCAGUCAACAAGGGCUUCUCAGAGGUAGUCCGGACACUCUGUGAACACGACUGUAAUGUCAAUCUCCAGGAUUCAUAUGGGGACACACCGCUUCAUGACGCGAUCGCUAAAGACUAUAGGAACAUCAUCGAGAUCCUGACCGAGAUUCCAAGCAUUGACUUCACCCAACAAAAUAAUCGUGGCUUCAACUUACUGCACCACGCAGCCUUAAAAGGCAACAAACUAGCCACGGAGAAGAUUCUCGCUCGAGCCCGGCAGCUUGUGGACGUGAAAAAAGAAGAUGGGUUUGCUGCUCUACACCUGGCUGGCCUCAACAACCACAAAGAAGUGGCCGAAAUUCUCAUCAAAGAGGGUCAGUGUGAGAUUAACAUUCGGAAUAACCGUAACCAGACUCCUCUGCAGCUGGCGGUCACUCAGGGGCACUCUGACAUGGUGCAGCUGCUGGUCACCGCGGGCUGCCACGUCAAUGCCGAGGACGAGGACGGAGACACGGCCAUGCACGUGGCCCUCAGCCGCCAGCAGCUCGUCAACACCAUGGCAACGAGGGAGGGCGAGGGCUGCUCGCUGUACACGAGUUUGCAGACCUCUGGGCUGCUGGGAUCUGCCGAUCUGAAUGUCGGUGCCGUCAUAGCCUGUUUCCUGGCUCAGGAAGGGGGAGAUAUUAACUACACCAACUACAAGGGUAAAACGCCACUGGAUUUGGUCACCGAUGGAAGAAUUGUGCAGAUAGUCAAAAGUUUUGCUGAGAAAUUCAGGGGAUCUCAACAGCCAACAGGCACAGCUAUUCUCCGUCGAGUUCACACGACUCCGAACACGAUGACGAACCUCGCCAUGCCGGUGUCAACGGGCCUUUCGGAGUGUCUGGUGUGCUCUGAGCUGACCAUGCUCGUUCAGUUUUCACCCUGUCAGCACUGCGUAGUGUGCGAAGAAUGUGCUUUAAGAAUGAAGAAAUGCAUCAAAUGCCAAGUGACUAUAACAAAGAAAGUCCGACACGAUAACACAGAAGUCGAAAGCAACACCACGGCUGAACCUCCAGACCAGAGGAAGCUGCUGGAACAGCUGCAGUACAGAUACAGACAGAUGGAGGAGAGGAUAACUUGUCCUAUAUGCAUCGACAACCAGAUCAAGCUCGUGUUCCAAUGCGGCCACGGCUCGUGUCUAGAGUGCAGUGUGGCCCUGAAAGCAUGUCCGAUCUGUCGCCAGAACAUUCGAGAGAGGAUACAGAUCUUUGUUUGAUGCAUGGCAAGCCAUCUUUUCUAUCAUACUAUCGGAUUUCCAGACAUUUUCUGUACCUUUUACCGCAGUACGUUUGUGCUUGCUUCGUUGACUUCAGAUUUAACCCCCUCAGUACCACUGUUUGCAUCAGUCCCAUUUAGAAUCAUGUGGUUGCAUUUUUUUGGUACCAUUAUAUAUGCCGUAUUGAGCGAGAGACGAGAAUUGCAAAAAAUUUGUUUUUCCUUCUGCCCCUUCCUAACUUGAAACGAAUGUCCCGCUAUGCAAGAACUGGCGGGAAUUAACGCACUUCGAUAACAAAAGCAGCGAAACAGCGUACAGAACGCAAAGUAAAUUUCCCAACCGCCCCAAAUGCCGCUCUGUUAAUAGAUGCUAAUGCUUGAGACGUGCGCCCAGUCGCAUUCAAGAGACCUGCUGCGUAUGUAUUUAUAUAAAAAGUGCACACUGUAAAAAAAAUCCUUAAUCUAACCACUGUGGUUCAUAGUCUGUUGUAUAUAUUUAAAGAUCCUAGGACUAUAAAAAUGAACUUCAAUCUUCCAGAUACAAUGCCUUCCAGCCAAACGUUAGCAGCCAUACAGGGGCUUCUAUAAGGAUACAAUUACUUCCGUAUACAUAUAUAUCAUUAAUUAUAUGACUUUUUGGGGGGACGAAACCCAACUUUUUUUUUUGCUAUUUUCCACUGCAUUCUGCCAUUUUCGUUUCGGUAUGCGUGGUCAUAAUCAAGUACAAUAAUUCCUCGUACCAUGUCCUAAAAAGGUGGUAACAAAUGACAGAAUGUGUGUGGAGAACCCUGGCUAGUUGAUUCACGAGAGAGAGCGAGAGAGAGAAAAAAAAAUCAGAUAAAAAUCUAUAUUUUUUUCCCCUGUUGAUAUUCAGUGCAGUCUUUUUUGACCAGAUGGGAACCUUGCAGAGAAUAUAUUGCACAUCGAUUCUGCUGGUGUCUUGGCCAACAGUACCCUCCCCCAAAUACAAAUUGCUCGCUUCGCCUCACGUGGCUGUUGAUGGGUCAUUGCUGUGUUCAAAUUUACUGUUGCAUUCGCCGUCAAAAAUAUCUGGUCGCUACACAGUACAAUCCAGUGAAGUGAUUUGAGAUAUCCUCCCGAUGUAAAAGAUCUCUGUAUCAAAUGGAAGAUUGUUCUUAUUACCCUUGCACAUUUUGCCGUCAAUGCUACCCCCUUUUUAAAAGUACCGGUACUUUAUAUUUGAGCCAUUUAGACUGGCACACUGAAUCCUAUUUGACUGAAUAUCCAUUUGGCUGAUCGUAAGCAAAAUCAAGUGAUGAAUGUCUGCAAGAAAGGGAUCGCUGUCAAACUUUACAACCCAACUAAUGCAUUUUUCUUCUUAAAAAUGAGUACGCUUGAUUUGAGUGCUAUUUGCAGAAGUAUAACUUUAUUCGGAGCCAGGUUUAUAUGUUUAUUAUUUAAGUAUUUCAGAAAGAAAUUUAUUCUCCUCUCUGUUUUUAAAAGGAGAGAUCGCAAAUGCAGAUCCGUCCGAAUGGAGACUCAGUGUAGUAAUAGCAAUUUGCACAUAAAUGUCUACAGUAUGGUGUACUGUGCCACCGACACCUAGUGGCAGAAUAUCACUGUUACACUAACAUUUGUUCGUCCAAUAUGAUAUUGAAUACACUUGUCCAUAUGGUUCUAACGUUUGAACGUUCACAAGUCACCUUAUGUCAGGAGCCAAGCUCCUGGCCUGUGUUUGGACUAACCACUACAUUCUGUUGCAAGCAAUAAACUAAUUGGAAACCUAAAGGUAAAACACUGUUGAAAAGGGCACUUAAUAGAUUUGGUAUCGUAAGGAUGUUCAUUUUUUUUACACACAGUUUUGACAGAUUAAGGUGUCAGUGUACAAAAGAUAUCUAAUGCUGUUUAUGCCAUUCCCCUUAAACGAAAGCAAGUUCAAAGAAAAUUGCCACCUUGGCAAAUUGGAGGGGGAAUCGCGUUUUAAACACAAAACCAACUCGACACACUGCAGUCUCGGAACUAAAAUGGUGCUUCAUUUAGAUUGAGUGGUGAUGACUUGUGUCUAUUGUUACUGAUUGAAGGUCGUGGUUUUAUUGCAACCAAGAGUUUCAAGGCGUCUUUCGUAUUAAAAACAUUUUUCAUUAUUGCUUUACAAUGGGAACUCCUUUUGGAAACAAGUAACGGAAAGGUGGCUUUUUAUAAGCAAUCAUGUUCAGUAAUAGACCCACUUUCCCCCCUCUCCCUCUCCUCCCCCACCCCCCCAAGUGAAACUUCAUAGAAUUAUGUGAGUGUCAUUUUUGAUUUAUUUAAUCUUGGGCCACCGUGAGCUCAAAUACUUGUGUCUAUUUAAUAUUUCCUGUGUUCAAAAUAAGGUCUAGCAGAUCAAGAUAAGAGCUCGGGAAAUGGAACGGGGGAGAAUAAUAGCGAUGAGAAGACUUGUACUAUGAUUUGCUUGCUGUAUACCUUGUACGUGCAUUUGUGUGAUCUGUGCAUCGACGUAGCUUUUCCUUACCUGUUGAACGGAUUUGUGUGUCAUUUUAUUGAGGCGUCACAUAACGAUGCAGCCUUUAUAUCCAGCUCGAGUUUUACUGUCAGUAAAGCAUAUGUGCCAAAAGGUUUGUGUCACUGUGGAGACGGCCUGGUCAGGAAUUAACUGUUGAAAUAAACGGGUGAUUUCUUAAUGCCUGGAUCUCACAGGCAUGUUCCUCGUUUUCUUUUUUUUCCCCCCCACUUCUUAAAAAAAAUCUUAAUGCCGCAGAAAUUUGUAGCCGCUCGAAUUGAUAUCGUUGAGAGAGUCUUUCUGCGAAGGGCAGAUUGUUUUUCACCUGUUGCUAAGUGUUGGUAGACUAUAGGAUUUUAAGGUUGACUUAAAUCGGAGUGAGAGAGAGAGAGAGAGAUUGCGCUGCAUGUCUUCACAGAGAUAUUAUUUCCCCAACGAUUGUUCAGGUUGUUGUUGCUUUAUUCACAAAAAGGGUCAAAUGUUCCAAGAUUUGUAACAUGAGGGACUUUGAAUCACAAGAAGCUGCUUCCUCGCAAGCUAAGACCACUAGCAAACAGGUUUUUAAAAACGUGGAGUUUGUCUUAACGACCAGCAAUGAUACCAGUACCUGUCACCUUCAUCGACUGUUUUCAUCGUAAUUUGCUUUCCCAGCUCCGAUUUAAGAUUUGUCCGACAAAGUCUUAAGAUUGCAAAGCCCCCCCCCCGCCCAUGUGUCUACUCCUCCGCAUCGUAACAUUACCGACGAUUUGAUGCCUGAAACGAAACAGCGGGUAGUUAAACAAACUGAUUUUCGUACAGGUUAAGAGAACGGAAACCACGAGAAGACGGGAGUUCCCAAAGGGUAUUGUGUUUUAGCUUCACUUACAUUUACUUACAUUAGAGAUCUUGGUGUCAUUGCCUUACCAUCAUCUGCUGGGCUUCUGUCUCCACAGAACAAAUUGUUGAAGUUGUGUAUGUUGUGAAUAAAUUAUUUUGAAUUACAA